AUGUCUGUGAUCUCCGAGGAGAGCGUGCGAGGCGGCAGCGUCUUCAAAGACCUCAGCGCCGAUGACGAGGACUGGCAGCCCACCGAGAUCGAGAGUCUGUGUAUGAACUGCUACGAGAACGGCUCGACCCGCCUGCUGCUCACCCGGAUCCCCUUCUUCAAAGAGGUCAUCGUCAGCUCCUUCCGCUGCGACCACUGCAACUGGUCCAACACCGAGAUCCAGUCCGCAGGCCGGAUCCAGGACCAGGGCGUGUGCUACAGCCUCAAGGUGCGAACCAAGAAGGACCUGGACCGGGAGGUGGUGAAGGCGGACUCCGCCACCACCAGGAUCCCCGAGCUGGAUUUUGAAAUCCCCCCCUUCACCCAGAAGGGCUCCCUGUCCACCAUCGAGGGGCUGUUGGACCGAGCAGUCGCAGGGCUGGAGCAGGACCAAGCUGUCAGGCGGGCCGAUCACCCCGAGGUGGCCGAGAAGAUAGACGAGUUCAUCCAGAAGCUGGUGAAGCUGAAAGAUGUCGAGAGUGAGUUCACUCUGGUGAUCGAGGACCCGUCCGGCAACAGUUUUGUGGAGAACCCGCGGGCCCCUCAGAAGGAUGAGGCCCUCACCUUGUCCUUGUUCAAGCGGACGAUGCAGCAGGAGAUGCAGCUGGGAAUCAGGGCCGAUGACGACCUGGACGAGGAGCCAGCAGGCAGCGACCUGGACACCAUGAGAAACGAGGUUCUGGUCUUCAACACCAACUGCCCAGAAUGCAACGCGCCCGCCUCCACCAACAUGAAGCUCGUCCAGAUCCCUCACUUCAAGGAGGUCAUCAUCAUGGCCACCAACUGCGACAGCUGCGGCCACCGGACCAAUGAGGUGAAGUCGGGUGGCGCCACGGAGGAUCAGGGCACCAAGAUCACCCUGCACAUCACCGACCCCUCAGACAUGAGCCGAGACCUGCUCAAGUCGGAGACGUGCUUCGUCCUCAUCCCGGAGCUGGACUUUGAGCUGGGGAUGGCCGCUCUCGGCGGGAAGUUCACCACCCUGGAGGGGCUGCUAAAAGACAUCAAGGACCUGAUCGUCUCCAAAAACCCCUUCAUCUGCGGCGACAGCGUGGCCUCCGAUCGGAUGCGGAAGCUGGCCGAGUUCGGAGAGAAGAUAGAGGAUGUUAUCGCGGUGAGAAGGGACGUCCACCUCAUCCUGGACGACCCGGCAGGGAACAGCUACAUGCAGAACGUGUACGCCCCUGAUCCUGAUCCUGAGAUGACUUAUGAGCGGUACACUCGCACGUUUGAGCAGAAUGAAGAUCUCGGUCUGAACGGCAUGAUGACGGAGGGAUACCAGGAAGAGAAGUCAACAGACAGCACUCACUGAAUGGACUAAACAAGUCGUUAGACGACGUCUUGAUAGAAACCUUGUGUAAUUAUCUUACUCCAUAUUUUCUGUCAUUUUCAUACACUUUAAGUUUAAUUUACAUACGGGCUGAGAGGUUGUUGUUUAUAGAGCAGUUAAGGGAAUUGUAAGUUACCCCGAAUGCAUAUUUAUGUGAAAAUAAUUUAAAAAACACAUCAGUAACCUAAUUUGUACAAUUACACAGGGAAGCUGUUGAUAAAGGUGUUUAUUUGCAUUCUCGUAUCAUCCCAGAAGAUGGCGCUCUGUCCUCACCUCUGAUUU